GCCCUGUCAGUUUCCUGACAAAAUGUUUGUUUUGCCAAAAAUACACUUCCUGAUUUAAUCGGGUUAUUUGACAACCUUAAAGUUAACAAACAGUGAUCUGACCGUCACUCCAGAGAGGAUAGAAAUGGCAGAGUGUUCAAGUCAGAACUGUGGUGAGACCCCUGAUUAUAAACUAGUCCCUCACAGGGGAUUUAACUUGAUAUCUGGAAUCCACUCUCCUGAAGAAGUGGAUAAAAUUCAGAACUGGGAGAUUCGAGACUCGGACAUCUUUGUCAUUACGUACCCUAAAUCAGGCACUAUUUGGUUACAGCAAAUCCUCAGUCUAAUUGAGGUUAAGGGAGAUGUCACAGCAACAAAUGAUCAGCUGACUUCUGAGCGCAUUCCAUGGAUUGAACUGAUUGGCAGUCAUAAAAGGUUUGAUUCUGCCCCCUCUCCUAGGAUCCGUGUAUCUCACCUGCAGUACAAAUUCAUGCCACUUGGACUCAAAAACAAGAAGGGAAAGGUCAUCUAUGUGGCCAGAAAUCCAAAAGAUGUUUUGGUGUCCUAUUUCCAUUUUCACAAGUAUGCAACCAUGCUGGAGACCCCAAAAGACUUUGAAUCAUUUUUUGAGAAUUUCUUGGAAGGAAAUGUUUAUGGUAAUUGCUGGUUUGAGCAUAUCAAGACUUGGUUUUCCCACAAAGAAGAGAUGAACUUCUUGUAUAUUACAUAUGAGGAAAUGAUCAAGGAUUUACAGUCAGUGGUUGAAAGGAUCAGUUCAUUCUUGGGGAAGAGCUUGACACCACAGCAAGUGAAUGAUGUUGUACAGCACAGCACUUUCAAAAAUAUGAAGAACAAUCCUCAAGCCAAUUACAAGCUGGUUCCCUGCAACCUACUGAACCACCAACAGGGGUCAUUCCUGAGAAAAGGAACCAUUGGUGACUGGAAGAACUACUUCACUGUGGCACAGAAUGAGAGAUUGGACAAAGUUUACCAACAGAAUAUGCAAGACUUUCCUUUUUCUUUCAUCUGGGAUACAAGUGAUCUCAUCACAUCAUGAUUUGUUUAUAUUCACUCUCAUCUUGUGUAUACAACAAAUAUUUAUGCUUAUGGUUUAAAUUCAGAAAGUGCAUAUCCGAAUAAGUGAACCUUUUUAAUAUUAUGUAUGAAUGGAAAUGCAUCAGUAUUUGAUACAAAAUGAAGUAGGACUUUGUCUAGGCCACAACAGGUGAAUACAAUGAAGCGAUUGCAAACACCUUAUUAAUCAAAUACCCAAAUUCUGUAUAUUUACAAUGGGAAGUCCAAGGCUGCUCAGACAUAGAUAAUCAUUAAAUGUCUCACUGCUGCAAAGUAAUGUUAGAGAGAAGCUGUUUAGGAAAAAUGCUAUAUAAAAGUUCACUCCAUAUGUAAGCAUAUUUAAUAAAAACAUAACAACAUAUCAGAAACUGAAAGGCAAUAUUCUUUAAUCAAAUUGUAUGAAUUUCCAUUUCUUUUUUUUUGUAAACAUAUAUACUUAAAAUGUGCAUUAACAUCGUUUAUAUUUUGUAUGGGCUUUUUGCUUAUACACAGUAUAUACUGUAUAAAAUCAAAAAAUCUAAUCAGUUCCGAGCAACAUAGCAGUCAUGACAGUGACCGAGACAUAUACCAAUUUACAAUAAACAACACAAUUUACACAAUUUACAUAUCAAAUGUACACAUACUUAGACAAUAAUAAUAUACAAUGUACAGUAAACAAUACACACAAUAUAGAAUACACAUACAAUAAAAUAAAAAAUAAGUGUAUAUAAAAAAUAUAUAUACAGUAGUUAUAUUGUGGAGAAUAUAUUUGACAGUCCAGUGUGAGAUAAUACAAUUAUUUAGUACUGCCCAUCAGAAGCUAAUUACAGCCAAAAUAUAGGCUUACUAGGAAUACAAGCUAUGCUAUAUGGAAGCCCAGGAAUACCAUUUACAAAUGAAGGAAUAAAUUAUCAAUCUAUUAAUUUGAAAAUAAAAACUUGAAUAACUAAGUUUAUUUAAUUCAUGUUUAAAAAUGUCAUUAAACAAUAAAAUUGUGCAUUAAUAAAUCAUAUUUAAUGUAUAAAUGUAAUUAAAUGUAACAAAUAAAUAGUACAUUAAUGAGACUUUUAAAUGCACUUUAAAAGCACCUUUAAAAAGUAUUUAGCAAUUGCUUUUCUUAAUUAAUUUGCCAAUUGCUUUUCCUCAACCAUUUUCCAAAGGCUUUUCUUUUUCCUGAUCCUUUUCCUUUUAUAUUUUAUUUUCAAUUUCUUUCUCCAAUUGUGAAUCAAUUAAAAAAUAAUGCCAAUUGACUGUUGACUCUGAGAGCAACCAAUGAACUUUUGACUUAAGACACACACCCUCUCCCAUGUGCCACUUGAAGAGGAUGUAAGACGGCCUGUCAUUGGACGACGGUACAAGCAGUUUACAUAAUAUUAUUGGAUCUUUGAAUCUUGCACAUAAUAAAGGAAUAGAAGUGAAAUGCCAUGUACCAGGUGAAAUGAAUGGUAUUAAAGGGGUGAUAACUGGGUUUCCAGUAUCAUUAACAGAUGAGGUACUAAAAAAUCAGAUAACAAAUAAAAAGGUAAUAGAUGUGAAAAGAUUGACAUCAAAUAGAAAUGGGAAAAGAGAAGCAAGUACAACAGUGAUGAUAGUAGUGAAUGGUAAAAUACUACCAGAAAAUGUAAAAAUUGGAUAUGUGUGCUAUCCAGUACGCCCAUACAUAAAACCUGCAUUGAGAUGCUUCAACUGCCAAAGAUUAGGACAUGUGGCAGAAGUAUGUAAAGGAAAGAAAAGAUACUGUAAAUGUGGAGGAGAACAUGAUUAUGGGGAGUGUGGAGAACAAGUUGGACCUAAGUGCUGUAAUUGUGGAGGCCCACAUAGUGCAGCAUACUAAAGAUGUACAGCACAAAAACAAGCAAUGGAAGUUAUGAGGUACAAAUCAGAAUACAAU